AUGCUGAAGCCCGGUGAUCCGAGCGGUUCGGCCUUCCUGAAGGUGGACCCGUCCUACCUGCAGCACUGGCAGCAGCUCUUCCCCCAGGCCCAGCUGAAGGCUCCUCCGCCUCCACCUGACCGCCUCUCCAUCCCCAUGGACAGCCUGCGCCCGUCCCGCCUGCACAGCCACCUCCUGUCCUCCACGCACUGCACCUCCUCUUCUUCUUCUACGUCUUCUUCUGCGGCGGCGGCGGCGGCGGCGGCAGCAGCUCUCACCCCAUCCUCCUCCAUCUCCAUCUCCAGCUCCGCAGGGCUCUCCCAGCUGCCCGUCCCCCAGCAGAUCGCUCUAUUCGGGCAGGCGUUGGCGCCGGUGUGUGCCGGGCCUGGAGGACCAGGAGGAGGACCAGGAGGUGGAGGAGGAGGAGAUAUGAUGAUGGUCGUCCCUCCGGAGAACCAGCAGGGUCAUCACAACCAAGCAUUGGGACUCCUCCAUCAGGCCAAAGAGCAGAGCUGUGGGGGGGUGGUGGGGGUCGGCGUGGUGUCGUCCAGCGUGAAGAGCGGAGGAGGAGGAGGAGGAGGAGGAGAGGAAGGAGGGAAAGGAGCGACGGCCAGGUUCAAGCUGACGUCCGAGGAGCUGGACUACUACCUGUACGGGCAGCAGAGGAUGGAGAUCAUCCCGCUCAGCACACACACGGGGGAGGCCAACAACCGAUGUGACAUGUGUGCAGACAACAGGAACGGCGAGUGUCCGAUGCACGGUCCUCUUCACUCUCUGCGGCGGCUCGUCGGCACCAGCAGCACGCCGGCCCCCGUCACCAUGCCGGACGUCCCUGAUUGGCUGAGAGAUCUGCCCAGAGAGGUGUGUCUGUGCACCAGUACGGUUCCUGGUCUGGGUUAUGGGAUCUGUGCGGCUCAGCGGAUUCCUCAGGGAACCUGGAUCGGUCCGUUUCAGGGAAUCCCUCUGCUGGCCGACAAGCAUCAGAGCGGAGCCGUCAGGAACACCAGACACCUGUGGGAGAUCUACGAUUCAGAGGGAACGUUACAGCACUUUAUCGAUGGUAAUGAUCCCAGUAAGUCCAGCUGGAUGAGGUAUAUCCGCUGUGCCAGACACUGUGGGGAGCAGAACAUGAUGGUCGUACAGUACAGGUCCUGUAUCUUCUACAGAGCAUGUAUGGAUAUCCCGAGAGGAACAGAGCUGCUGGUGUGGUACAACGACUCCUACACUUCCUUCUUCGGCAUCCCGCUGCAGUGCAUCGCUCAGGACGAAAACU